CCCUGAUAAUAAGUGAUUCUAAAUUGUUAACAUGAACGCUAAUGUUAAGAAGUAUCAUACGAAAACGUUGCGCUGGUUUAUGUUACAGAGAACAACAUAGAGAAACGAGAAUGGAAAAGAUAAUAGUAAAUCUUUUAUGUACAGUUGAUACAUAAUCGCAGAUAACUUCAAGGUGAUUCAACGGAGGGAGUAACUCUGAAAUCGAAGGGGAUUCAUUUACUUUAUUUUUAUAUACAGUAUUUAAGUGCCUUGUUCUGAUUAUAACGAAAUUUUAAAAAAAUGUCUUGGUGCACGGGAGAUGACGAUGAGGAACGACCUGAUCCGACACGUGUGCGAGGAUGCACAGAUAUUUUCUGGCUUUGCUGUUUCAUUGCAUUUUGGUUUCUUAUGAUUUUAAUAGCAGCUUUUGCUCUUGUUUAUGGUAAUCCUUUAAGGCUUAUAAAUGGGUAUGAUAGCUUUGGCAAUACUUGUGGCAUGAAAAAUAAUCCUAAAUUUGGCAGUAUGGAACUUUCUGGUCAAGACACUAGUGACAAACCAUAUUUAUUCUUCUUAGACAUAAACAAUGUUACACAAUCUUUAAAAAUUUGUGUAAAAAAAUGUCCAGAUAGAACUAUGACAACAAUGAAUGACAUAUGUAGAUUCUACGAAGAGACAGGAUCACAACUUUGUCACGAUAAACCAAGAAAUGACUUUAGUGCUUGCAGUAAUGGAAACAGAAAAAACAAAACAGGCUCUUGUCCUGAAUUACCAGUGUACAAUAGCAUAUCAGUUCUUAACCGUUGUGUUCCAAAAGCUAUUAAGGAUGUAGGGGAAACUAUAAUUGCAAAUUUAUAUGGUCUGAUUAACUCAUGGGAUAUUAUUGAACAGAUUUUAGGAGAUUUAUACAAAACUUGGAGAGAAAUUCUGGCUUUAUCAUUUUUAGCUUUUGUUUUAUCUCUCUUUAUGAUUGCUAUAUUUCAUUUAUUGGCAAGUAUCGUAACAUGGAUUGUAAUGAUUCUUGUUAGUAUUGCAACUGUAGCUGGUACAGUAUUAUUAUGGUGGACAUAUAUAGACAUUAAAAGAACUUUAGACACAACCAAUCCAAACCAACUUCUCGAAGAAUCGGUUAGAAAUGAAAGAGCAUUCUUAGCUUUUUCUAUUGUUGCAACAAUAAUAACUGUAAUUUUAUUACUCCUUUUAAGUAUACUACGUAAACGUAUUGGAUUUAUGACAGCAUUAUUUAAAGAAAGUGCAAAAUGUUUAGCAGAAUUACCAGGUUUAUUUUUUCAACCUUUACUCACAUUUGUUGCUCUAAUAUUAUUUUUUGCCUUUUGGGUGACUGUAAUUCUUUGCCUUGCAACAGCAAACUAUCCAGGAACAAAAUCUGUACAAAUGUAUAAGAACCACAUAUUUGACUCUUUAAAUUUGAACUUACUUGGAGAGAAAAGUGCAUUUGUUGAAGAGAAGAAAUUUGACUUUUCACUGGAUUCCUUUAAAACUUUUACCCUUGUGGAGUAUGUCGAUUCAACUUGGGUGAAAUACAUGUGGUGGGUAUAUAUUAUAGGAUUAAUAUGGACUUCCGAAUUCAUUAUUUCUUGUCAAGAUAUGGUAAUAUCUGGAGCAGUCGCUCAUUGGUAUUUUAGAGGGAAAGAUGCUAGCGCCUCUCCAGUAUGCUCUGCUAUGGGAAAUUUAGUUAGUUACCACUUAGGUUCUGUAGCUUGUGGUUCGUUUUUAAUAACUCUUUUUAAGUUGCCACGUUUAAUUUUGACGUAUCUACAUGCUAAAUUUGACAGAAAUAAGGAAACUUCUCCAUGUGCUCAAUGCGGCCUAAAAUGUUGCAUAUGCUGCUUCUAUUGUUUAGAAAAAUUUAUUCGAUACAUGAACCAUAACGCAUACACUGUAGUUGCCAUUGAGGGAACACAUUUUUGUAAUGCAGCCAGAAUAGCAUUUACAACACUUGUUAGUAAUGCUUUACAAAUAGCAGUUAUUAAUGGUGUGGGAGACUUUAUUCUGUUCUUGGGAAAAUGUUUUGUGACAGCUGCUACUGGAAGUAUUGGAUUACUAUUUAUGAAACAGGAUCCCAGAUUACACUUUUAUGCAGCUCCAAUUUUUGUUAUUUGUGUUUUUGCAUUCUUUAUUGCACACAGCAUUAUUUCUCUUUACGAGACUGUGAUAGAUACUCUGUUUCUCUGUAUCUGUGAGGACAAGAAUUUAAAUGGUGAAAAUGGAAAGUGGCGCCAAUCAGCACUAGCACAAAUUGGAUCUAAUACUAAUACAAAUGGACAGCAGUCGCACGAAUUAACACCAAUGAACACAUAGGUAUAAUAUUAAGUCACUACACAAUUUCUCUUCCGAUCCUUUUACACUUUUUAUACACAUUUUUUAACAUGUUUUAUCAUAACAUUUAAAGAUUUUUUUAAAUUUGAAAAUUAUGACUAUUUUAAUCACUUUUAUGCAAUUUUAAAUUGUACAUAGCCACACUCAAAAAUAUAUGUGUGUGUGUGUUGUUACUUUACAAUGACUACGAAUACUUUACAUUAAAAUUGCAUCAUUGUGUACUUAUAACUUUACUUCUAUCGUAUAAACGAAUUUUUCUCGUUCGUCUAAAAAUUACUGCCAAGUAUUAAAACUUUCAAUUUGUAACAGAAGUUAUAACGAUAGCAAGGACCCAAUAAUCUUUCAAGUUGAUGUCCCACCAUCAAAUAAACAAACAGUAACAAGUCCAAUUAUACAUACAUUUUCUAAAUAAUUAACUUCAAUUUCUGAAGUACAUACAAAAGUAAUAGCAACAUAGUAACACUGUUUUAUUAUAUUUUCAUGCAUUUAUGUGAUUUAAUAUACUUUUUAAAAUUUUUCUAACCUACAAAAAGAUAUAAGUAAUAGAAUAAGUUGUGUAGAAUUAUUUUGAUCUAUACUUAAUUAUAUAUCGCACAAUAUUUGAAAAUUUUAUAUUCAUAUACUAUAGUUUUGUUACAUCAAUUUGUAAUUUAACUAUUUCUUAAAAAGGUAACAGGCCUUACAGAAAAAUUAUUUAACACUGUUAUAUAGUGUCCCGUAUAUGUACAAAGGACAAAUUUGAAUCAUGUAUUUUUUAAUGAUUUUAAAUGCAUAUAUUUUUGUAAACACUUGUUAACAGAAAGAAUACUUUACUAUUUCGUCCAAGAAAAAGAGCAUAUAUUCUUUCCUUUGGAAUAUGUUUGUCAGUAUUUCUAUUUGUAAUAUAAGGAUUUCAUAACACACUUUUAUAAGCAGUUGAAUAUACUAAAAUAUAACCUUUAUGUUAAAUAGAUAAGAUGUUAUGUGUGCUGGAAAAUGUAGUGUAUAUUUUAAGUAGGUAUAUACAAACAUACAUUGUUUAUCUAAAUUUUAUUCCAUAUAAAAAGUAGUAACCAUAAACUUGCAAAAUAUGCAAAUAUGUUAGCUUUAAAUUUAAUAUGUUUAGCACUUUCACUAUAAAUUGUGAUUAAUAAGACUCAGGCUUUCGCAUCAUAAUGUACAAAAUAUAUUAGACUAGCUUAUGUGCUUUCAUAUAUCUAAAUCAAGUACAAGUAUGUGCCAGCAUAAUUCAUAAUACUAUAAACGAUAAUAAUUUACAGUAUACAUUGGCAUUGAAUAAUGUAUAAGACUACAUUAAUGAAUUUAAUUAUUUAUGAGUUUGAGAUGUAACACUACGUUAUGCAUUUAUUAUUAAGAAUAAAAUGUUCCUUACUCCUUUCA